AUGCGCAUGUGUAACCAGUGCACCUCCUCGCAGGUGUUCAUUUCGGAGGGCGCCCGCAUCCCCCUGCGACCGGCGCGCAAGAAGCUUUGGGCGGUGAACGUCCCGGCCGCAGGUGGGACCCUCCUGCGCCACCAGGCGGGGGCGACACACAUCCUGCUGGGGGAUGAGCCCUUCAACAGGAUCUGCAAGAAGCUGGAGUCCCAGGCAGGCGUGGCCCCUGCCCUGGUGCACUACAACUGGCUGUCCCAGACGCUGAGGCUGGGGUGCCGCCAGAACGAGGACGACUACGCGCCCCCUGCUUUACUGGCACACAGGGAGUCUGCCGGCUCCACUCCGGUGCCCAGCCUGAGCGUUCACGAGGGCGGACCGCCCUCGACGGUGCUGCUGCUGUGCCUGCCCGGCAUCGGCUGGGCGCAGCGUGACGCAGUCCUGGAGGCCCUGCAACCGUCCACCCCAUUGUCCGUGAUGCAGCUGCACUCCGGGGCACGGCUGGAGGUCCCAUCGCAGACCCUGGCCAACCUGGUCACCGUCGCCCGCCCCAAGCGUGGGCGUGAGGGAGAGGACGGCCAAGUCUCUGCCCCCGGCCCCCGCCCACUCGAGUUCUACGCCGCCACCGCCCGCCAGAUGGCGGCUGCAGGGUAUCCGGGGUGCGAGGAAAGCGGGGCCACACAUGUCCCGGAGGGCUAUGCCUCCACCGCCGACUUCCCGAGUGAGCUGGUCUGGUGGAUUCGGGCCUGGGCAGGAGCGUUCAGCACACACCCUUGCCCGCCACCCAUCACUUCAUCACCCUCCAUCGCCCCCCCUCCCCUCCCCCCCCCUCUCUCAGAGCUGCCCGGGCAGGCUUCCCUCGUGGCGGUGGACUGCGAGAUGUGCAUCACGGCCCGCGGCCUGGAGCUGACGCGCGUGACGCUGCUGCACGGCGACGACGAGCGGGUCCUGCUGGACGAGCUGGUGGUGCCGGACGUCCCCAUCCUGGACUACAACACCCAGUACAGCGGCAUCACGGCGGAGAUGCUGGAGGGGGUGACGACGCGCGUGGCGGACGUGUGGCGCGCUCUGCGCCCCCACCUGGGCCCCCAGACCUGGCUGGUGGGACACACACUGGAGAACGACCUGCGUGCGCUGCGGCUGGUGCACGCGCGCUGCCUGGACACGGCGCUGCUCUUCCCACGCCCGCGCGGGCCGGCGCACCGACCCUCCCUCCGCCACCUGGCCAGCCAGCACCUGCGCGCCGCCAUCCAGGCCGGCGCGCACGACUCGCGCGAGGACGCGGCGGCCGCGCUGCGCCUGCUGCGCCUCAAGACGGAUGCGGGGCCCACGCUGGGCGUGCUGGCGCGCGCCGGCCCCGCCCACGCUCACCUGCUGGAUCACUUUGUCUUCGCCUCACUCAGCGACGUGGCCGAGCGGCAGGAGCGCGAGGCGCGCGCCCUGGACUUCUCGGACAGGGAGGGCUGCGCCACGGCUUGUGCUGCCGCCGCGGCGGGGGGCGUGGAGCCGCUGGUCCAGGAGACGGCGCGCCGCGUGGCGGCGGUGGUGCGGGCCCUCCCCCCGCAAACCCUCUGCCUGCUCCUGAGUGGGGCGGGGAACACGGUCCUGUGCAGGACGCUGUACGGCGACUCGCUGCGGGCCCGCAAGGACUGCCAGGGCGCGGGGCUGACCGCGCAGCGUGCCGCGGCGGCGGCAGACCCGGCCAUCGAGCGUCUGGCGGCGACGGCGAGCAGGGGCUUCUGCGCCCUGCUGACCACCCCGAACGCGGAGUGA